AUGAAACACGAGAGGAAGGAGGCGAAGGCAAACCAAAAUGCGAGUCAGAUCAUUCCAAUUCGCCCCUCGAACCCUUCCGACGGCUUCGCGAAGAUCACACAAGAAGACCAUGAAAUUACCAUGGCAGAUGGCACAAAUACUGUGUCAACAUGGCAUCAGCUAUUCCGCAAGGCUCCCUUGCGCAUGCAAUGGAGCUCGCAAGGCUCGGGCGAAACUCCCAGCACCGCCACGACAAGCCACCUGCAUUCUUCGCUGGAUCUCAUUUUUACAACACUGGCUACUCCUACUGUUGCUCACGUCGCCAUAUUCACGACAACAGUGGCUAGAAAAGCCGCUCCCAUUUUCUACAGAGCAAUGAGAAAAGCUAUCCCUGCUAUGCGAGAUACUGGUCCUGAGAGAACUAUGGGACCGCACGUCUAA